UUUUAUAAAACAUCAAUCAUAUGAACCAAUUUUAAUAUUUUGUGUCACUAAUUUCACGAAUUUCCGGGUCCAUUCAAUGCAUAACUUGCAUUCUUGGGUGUCGGAGCUCGGAGCGAGACAGGAGAGCAAAGGAAGAAAAACAAAAGUUGUUCAUCGGUGCUAAAUCCAAGACGAGAAUGUCGAAACCGAAAUCUAGGUUAAUUCUAUCCUUGGUGUUCCUUCUACAACUCCUUAUUCAAUCCUCAUGGACGGUUGCAACUACCAGGAAGGAGAUUGGCUUUCCAGAGAGGCGUAUUUGCAGAACAACUGUACAAGGAAGAUAUUUAUUAUCUGAUGAUAAUGGCUAUGUGUGUGAUGCUCUCUCAUUGGAUCCACAGUCCCGUUGCUGUCCUGAAAGAGGAGACAAAUUCUCUUGUCAUGGAUGCAAUGUUCUUUCACAGUGUUGUAACUCCUAUGAAUUUUGUGUUUCAUGCUGCCUGCACCCUGCACAAACACAAAAGGAACAAGUGCUGAAAUUGAAAAUAGCAAAGCCAUCUACAGCAGGUACUUAUUUCAGUGUCUUUGAUUUUUGUGCUGGGAGGUGUCGUCAUAACUCCGAAAGUGUGGUUCACGAAAAUGCCUACGUUAGUGAUUUUCAUCAUUGCUUUUCUCUGCCAUCAAAUUAUUCUGGUGCCACUGUCACACCUGUAGAAGCUAGACUAAAUGGAAUUAAUGUUGUCAUUGGAAGGCAAGGAGAGUCUUGUGAUUCAGUUUGCAAGUUAAAUGGACAAUCAUGCGUACUAAAUAAACUUUUGGUUCUUAACCAGUGUGAUGUAAUCCAGAAAUAUAUGAGCUGCAAAGGAGCAUGCCUGGAAAGUGUCGGAGCUGAUCAACCUGCAGAAGUUGUUGAUGAUGCUCCCAAACAUUUGGGGCAUGCUUUUAUUCUCGAACACAAUCAAUACUGUCUUGUGAUGGCUCACAUCGGCAUACCAGGAGACUUUGCCCCUGUGCAUAGUGCAUCAUAUGGAACUGUAUAUGUGCAAGUGCAGUAUGCGUUCAUCUUAAGGAAAUUGUGUGAGAAUUUCAGGGACGAAGCACGUCUCAAAUCCGGCAAGCACUGUUCGAAGGCAUCUGACUGUCAUAGGAUAAAUUUUUGCGGGGGACCUAUUCACUUACCACUUGGUGUUUUCAUAUUUACCCAUUGGAACAUAAAUGUAUAGGUUUGCAUGUUGUGACAUUGUUGUAUAAAUUAGAAGCAAAAUGGCAUUGCAUGCUAAGUUAUGUUGAAGCAUCCAUGCCAUACAAGAAGAGAGGAACAUUUUUUGGAAAUGGGAUGUUUCAGGUUUUGUAUUUUUGAGUUGGUUAAAUCAGGUGGUGAGAUUGAGGGAAAGGUUAUCACUUCCAA